CGGCAGGACCUAGGCAUUUUGUUUUUCCGGUACUUUAAAAACGCGCCGAGUAACUUUCAGCUGGUCGUGACUUGGAGCUGAUGGGGGACGAAAAAGACACCUGGAAGGUUAAAACACUCGAUGAAAUUUUGCAAGAGAAAAAACGCAGACGAGAGCUUGAAGAGAAGACCGAACCCAAGCGCUUGAAAAACACGGAUGAUCGGGAAUCCAAACGUGACACUCCAGAAGAAGGAGAAUUACGGGACCACAGGAUGGAAAUAACAAUACGCAACUCUCCAUACAUAAGGGAAGACUCAACAGAAGACAGAGGAGAGGAAGAUGACUCGCUAGCCAUAAAACCUCCUCAGCAGAUGUCCAGAAAAGACAAGUCAUACCACAGGAAAGAAGAGAAGCGGAAGGAUAAGAGGAGACGCAGGAGCCACUCUACAGAAGGAGUAGGAAAGCACACCCGUGUCAAGGACAAAGAAAAGGAACGGGAGAACGAAAGGAGGAAGCGACAGUGGCAGGAGGACAACAAAGUUCGCAGGGACUAUGAACGACAGAAGCGGCGGGAUCAGGCCAGGGCUCACUCUCGCAGGGAGAGGGACCGUCUGGAGCAGCUGGAACGCCAGCGUGAGAGGGAGAGGAAGGUGCGUGAACAGCAACAAAAAGAGCAAAGAGAGCAGCGCGAGCAGAAAGAGAGGGAAAGGAGGGCUGAGGAGAGGCGCAAGGAGCGAGAGGCACGGCGAGAAGGUCCUCCUUCCCACCACCGAGGCAGCGCCCUGGAGGAUUAUGGAGACAAAGCCAAGUCUAGGCACCGCAGCCGUAGCCGGAGUCCCGUUCGUCUACAGAGAGAGCAAAGACCGGAGAGCAGUGAACAGCGGCGACCAGUGAAAGAAGAGAAGCAAGAGGAUUUACUGGCUGAUCUUCAGGAUAUCAGUGACAGUGAGCGAAAGACAAGUACAGCAGAGUCUUCAAUUGGCUCAGCUUCUGGUUCGGAGGAAGAAGAGGAGGACGACGACGAAGAAGAAGAGUCCAGCAGCCAGAGUGAAGAAAAUGAAGAGGGAGAGUCAGGAUCAGACUCUGAAGGAUCUGAUCAGAGUGCAGAAGACGUGAGUGAAGAGGAGCAAUCCGAAGAAGAGGAAGACGAAAGAGAGAAUGGCAAUCACAUACCUACUGUACCAGAGUCACGGUUCGAUCAUGAUUCAGAGGAGAGUGUCGAGGACGACGAGGGUGAGGAAAUAGACGCGGGAGACGUGACCCCUCAGUCUCAUUCUCAAUCAGCCACACCAGAGGAAAAUUACGUCCCAGAUUCACCACCAGUCUCACCUGUCGAGCUGAAAAAAGAGCUGCCCAAAUAUCUGCCUGCGUUACAGGGCUGCCGUAGCGUGGAGGAAUUCCAGUGUCUGAACCGUAUAGAGGAAGGCACAUAUGGGGUGGUAUACAGAGCCAAGGACAAGAAAACUGAUGAGAUCGUAGCUCUUAAAAGGCUGAAGAUGGAGAAAGAGAAAGAGGGAUUUCCAAUCACCUCUCUCCGAGAGAUCAACACUAUCCUGAAAGCCCAACAUCCCAACAUCGUCACUGUCAGGGAGAUUGUUGUGGGCAGUAAUAUGGAUAAGAUCUACAUAGUGAUGAAUUACGUAGAACAUGACCUAAAGAGUCUUAUGGAAACUAUGAAACAGCCCUUCCUACCAGGUGAAGUGAAGACACUGAUGAUUCAGCUACUAAGAGGAGUUCGCCAUCUCCAUGACAACUGGAUCCUACAUCGUGAUCUUAAGACCUCCAACCUGUUGCUGAGCCACAAGGGCAUUUUAAAGAUUGGCGAUUUUGGACUGGCACGAGAGUAUGGAUCCCCAUUGAAGCCUUACACACCUGUGGUGGUCACACUGUGGUACCGUGGCCCAGAGCUUCUUUUGGGGGCGAAGGAAUACUCCACAGCUGUGGACAUGUGGUCAGUGGGCUGCAUAUUUGGUGAGCUACUGACCCAAAAACCACUCUUCCCGGGCAAGUCAGAAAUUGACCAGAUCAACAAAAUAUUUAAGGACCUCGGCUCUCCCAGCGAGAAGAUUUGGCCAGGAUACAACGAGCUGCCUGCGGUGAAGAAGAUGACUUUUACAGAAUAUCCCUAUAACAACCUGCGCAAGCGCUUCGGAGCUCUGCUCUCAGACCAAGGCUUUGACCUCAUGAACAAAUUCCUUACCUACUGCCCAGCCAAGAGGAUCAGUGCAGACGAGGCUUUGAAGCACGAGUAUUUUCGGGAAUCGCCACUCCCCAUCGAGCCCUCCAUGUUCCCAACUUGGCCGGCGAAGAGCGAACAGCAGCGGGUGAAAAGAGGAACAAGCCCCCGACCCCCAGAGGGAGGCCUGGGCUACAGCCAGCUGGGUGAUGACGAUCUGAAAGACACUGGCUUCCACUUGACGACAGCCAACCAAGGACUGUCCAAGUCAGGCCCAGGAUUCAGUCUGAAGUUCUGAGGUAAAAGGCCAGAGGCUUGGGAUUUUAAUGCUCUUUGUGGCACUAAUGCCAGGACUCGGUUUGAAAGAGACUCCCUGAAAGCUGACCCAAUUUUUCCUCAGAGGCUCCUUCACGCAAACUGUUAAAAACAGUCCGAAGACAGAGACCUUCAAGUUCUAUCUGUUCAUCUACUCCUGGCAGUUAGAGGCGAUGAACUGCUCCUCCGUCACACUUAAUCCCAAAUUGGGGUUCUGGCUUCUGAUGUAAUUGAAUUUUUUUUUCUUUCUCUUGCUCAAUUUUUUCAGUCAUUUACUGCUGUUUGUCCCGUUUGUAGUUGAGUUUCAGCUUCCACUCUAUUCCACCAAGCAGGAUCAUUACGGAUUUUGAUUUUCGCAUGUUUUUUUUACGCGACAGACAAAGGACUGUUCAAUUUUAAAACUGCAUUCCAGCCUACACAUACUGGAUUCAUAACUGGAGUUGUGUAAUGAUGCAGUUUGCCAAAACCGCCGGUCAUUGACGCAGGUGAUAUUGUGUUGUAAGAAAUAAACUAUUUCCAAGUCUA